GGUGUCAUACUCGCCUAACUUGACAAGACUCUUAAGCGGCGUUGGUCGGGCACACGCUCCAUUCAUCUUUGCGUCUUUCCAUACCGGCGUCGGACAACUGGCGUCGUUCGUCUGAAGAGGUCUUCGGCAUGUCAGGCUCAAUUUCCCCGCCUCCCUCGGCUGAGGCUGUGAGGACCGAGGGCUGUGUCCCCCCGGGAUACAAGCCCUUCAAACCCGAGGAGCACGGCCUGGAGCGCGGGUUCCGUCUCACAGCCUUCUCGGACCUGAAGGGAUGAGGCUGCAAGGUCCCGCAGGAGGCUCUGCUCAAACUCCUGGCGGGACUGGAGCCGGACCGGGCCGACGCCACAGCGAAGGCUGGCGGAGACCAAGCGACGGACUUCGGCCAAGAGUUGCCCGGUCCCCGACUCGGUGUGGGGAUGGACUGCUGUGUGAUUCCCCUCAGACACGGAGGACUCUCCCUGGUCCAGACCACAGACUUCUUCUACCCUCUGGUGGAGGACCCCUACAUGAUGGGCAGGAUAGCAUGUGCUAACGUCCUCAGUGAUCUCUACGCGAUGGGCAUUACAGAGUGUGACAACAUGCUGAUGCUGCUGAGCGUCAGCCAGAAGAUGAAUGACAAGGACCGCGAGCGGGUGAUGCCACUUAUGAUUCAAGGUUUUCGCGAUGCAGCAGAGGAGGGAGGGACCUCUGUGACGGGUGGUCAGACUGUGAUCAACCCCUGGAUCAUCGUAGGAGGAGUAGCAUCAGUCGUUUGUCAGCCGAACGAGUUCAUCAUGCCCGAUGGUGCAGUACCCGGUGACGUCUUGGUUCUGACUAAACCUCUGGGGACCCAGGUGGCUGUGAACGCUCACCAAUGGCUCGAUCAGCCUGAGAGGUGGAACAGGAUCAAGCUCGUCGUCACCAAAGAGGAAGUAAAGGAGGCCUAUCAGGAAGCUAUGUUCUCCAUGGCCUCACUAAACCGCACAGCCGCGGGCCUAAUGCACAAGUUCCAGGCCCACGCUGCAACAGAUGUGACCGGUUUCGGGUUAUUGGGACACGCCAAUAACCUGGCAGCCCAGCAGCGAAACGAGGUGGCCUUCGUCAUCCACAACCUACCGAUCCUCGCCAAGAUGACUGCCAUCAGCAAAGCCUGCGGUAACCUGUUCAACCUGGUCCAGGGCACGUCAGCGGAGACUUCUGGUGGGCUGCUGGUGUGUCUUCCCAGAGAGCAGGCAGCCAAGUUUUGCUCGGAGAUGAAGAGCCAGAGCUCUGCAGCUGGAGGUCCGGGAGUGGCUGGCGGCGCGUGGAUUAUUGGAAUAGUUGAGAAAGGCGACCGCCGCGCUCGCAUCAUUGACAAGCCUCGCAUCAUCGAGGUGCCACCACGAGGAAGCCAGGCAGUAAAUCAGGACAACAGCUCCACCAGCCCCGCUCCCAGCCCCAAUCUGUCAUAGACACUGCCGCUCCACUAACACUGGUCCUGUGUGUGUGUGUGUGUGUGUGUGUGUGUGUGUGUGUGUGUGUGUGUGUGUGUGUGUGUGUGUGUGUGUGUGUGUGUGUGUGUGUGUGUGUGUGUGUGUGUGUGUGUGUGUGUGUGUGUGUGUGUGUGUGUGUGUGUGUGUGUGUGUGUGUGUGUGUGUGUGUGUGUGUGUGUGUGUGUGUGUGUGUGUGUGUGUGUGUGUGAUGUUGCUGAACUUUUCGCCCCCCCUUUUCAGUCAAAUUCCUGAGAGCAUAUAGACCAAAUUCACUGUCAUCUUCUCCAGUGGCAGGAAUGAGCAGCAGACACCAUUUUUCAUCUUUGGAAGGAGCUGUUGAAGAAGCCAUUCCUUUCUACAUUUUCAAAUGAAAUGUAAAUCAAGGUUGUAUGCUGUACUAACCCACCCCACCCCUUUCUCUGAUCUGCACUCUACCCCUUUCUUAAUUCAUAUUGACUUUAUAAUUUAUCUGAAUGCUAAAAAAAAAAAAGUUCCAGGAAAGGAUUCUUGACAGGAAACAUUCCACAUCAAACUUGCCAAAUUGGAUGGGAAUUGUGUGUGAAUGUGUGUGAGUAUUUUAUCAUUUGUCUGGGGGUGCUUUGCUGUGGGGAAGUGGGGCAAAGGUUUAUCUUGACUGUUUUUGGAAAGUGGAUGAUGUUAAUGUCUGUGAAUGUACAAGGUGAAAAAAAAAAAAAAAAAAAAAGGUUUCACAUGGCCCCGGCACCUGGCUCCGCCCACAGCCCAGAGGAAGGCUUGAGCAGCUUCCUUUGGGCCGGCUGGGCAGUGGUCAGAAUGUCCGUCUGUGUCAGCUGAUUGACAGUCCAGCCCAGAGUCCCUCCCACCCUUCCUUUUUAAUGAAGCUCUGCUUUUUAAACCCCGGCCAGCGGGGGAAAGUGGAGUGGAUGCUUGCCUUUGGAUCGGGGUCGGACUCACUGGAGGUCUAAAGCUGCGUUUGUAUAUUUCCUUUUCACAAUCAAUAAAACCAUCAACUCGGACUGAA